AUGGCACCAUACCGGCUUCUCGUGUCAGCUGUCACCAGAUCAGCCAGAACUUAUGGCGAGCAAAUUGUUGAUAUCAUUCAUCUCAACACUAUCCUUCAAGGUGCUCACCUCCUACCUGUCUUUGGUGACAAGCCCGUUCCUCAACACUUCAAAUUCACAUCUUCGUUGGUCUCUUUCCGUCACUACUACAUCAAUAAGUAUGCUGACUAUCAUUCACAUGAGAUUGCUUUCUAA